CCCCGGCGUUGCUUCUCCUCCCAAUUGAAUGCGUCCUGCUUGAGGACAGUCAGUCACUGCUCCCCCCGUGUCCUCUCUUCGUUGUUCCGCAUGGCUGUCUCAUUCACCCGCCUCGCGGGCAAUGCGCCCAAAAGGCUCUGCCUCCGGCACUCGGCUUUUUCGAGAAAUACCCCCAUCCUCAGAUCCCGCUCGAUAGCAACCUCUCUUCCACGUCAUGCUGAGUCUACCAGCUAUCAGGCCACAAGACUCAUCCCCGCUGAUGCGGCAUUCCAAGCGUCUGCGGCUCCUGAAACUGCCGCUGGGCUCGAGUCCGAGGUUGAGGGUGUGAACCGCAAAAUCCGCCAUUAUACCGUCAACUUUGGUCCUCAGCAUCCUGCUGCCCACGGCGUGUUGCGAUUGAUUUUGGAACUUAAUGGAGAGGAAAUUGUCCGUGCAGAUCCUCAUGUGGGACUGCUUCACCGGGGUACCGAGAAGUUGAUCGAGUACAAGACGUAUAUGCAGGCUCUGCCUUACUUCGACCGAUUGGACUACGUCUCCAUGAUGACAAACGAGCAAUGCUAUUCUCUGGCCGUGGAGAAGCUCCUGAACAUUGAGAUCCCAGAGCGGGCUAAGUACAUCCGAACCAUGUUUGGCGAGAUUACUCGAAUUCUCAACCACCUCAUGUCCGUUUUGUCCCAUGCUAUGGACGUUGGUGCUCUGACUCCUUUUUUGUGGGGUUUCGAAGAACGAGAGAAGUUGAUGGAAUUUUACGAACGAGUUUCUGGUGCGCGUCUCCACGCUGCCUAUGUUCGCCCUGGUGGUGUGUCCCAGGACCUUCCUCUUGGUCUUCUUGACGAUAUUUACCAGUGGGCCACGCAAUUCGGUGACCGAAUUGACGAGACGGAGGAAUUGCUCACAGAUAACCGCAUCUGGAAGGCCAGAACCCAGGGUGUUGGUGUCGUCAAGGCUGCUGAUGCGCUGAACAUGAGUUUCACUGGUGUUAUGCUUCGUGGCUCUGGUGUCCCAUGGGACAUCCGCAAGUCACAGCCCUACGAUGCCUAUGACAAGGUCGAAUUCGACGUGCCAGUGGGUGUCAACGGUGACUGCUACGACCGUUACCUCUGCCGUAUGGAGGAGUUCCGCCAGUCUCUUCGCAUCAUCCAUCAAUGCCUGAACCAGAUGCCAGCCGGCCCUGUUCGUGUCGAGGAUUAUAAGAUCAUGCCGCCUCCUCGGGCAUCCAUGAAGGAGAACAUGGAGGCCCUGAUCCACCACUUCCUUCUCUUUACCAAGGGCUAUGCUGUUCCUCCCGGUGAAACUUACAGCGCCAUCGAGGCUCCCAAGGGUGAGAUGGGUGUGUUCCUGGUUAGUGAUGGAAGUGAGAGACCCUACCGGUGCAAGAUCCGUGCUCCCGGAUUUGCUCACUUGGGUGGUUUCGACCAAGUUGCUCGUGGUCAUCUUCUGGCAGACGCUGUUGCAAUUAUUGGUACAAUGGAUCUCGUGUUCGGCGAAGUUGAUCGGUAAAUACUAUGAUAUGGAUGUGCAUUCUUGUCAGGAACAAUGACAAAAAUGCAAUCAAAUGAAAUGAAGAAAGAAACAAAACAAACCCAGGAUCCAUAAAAAACUAAAUAAACCAGAAAACCUUAGCCGCGUGCAGUGUUAACCAAAUGAAUGGGUCCAGAGCAGCGGACCUUAAGCCAUGCCUGUGCCACACCUGUUUUCCCUACUGAUGGCGUUUUCCAAUACCUAACCUAACCUAACCUGCCUACAUUGCUUUCUUCUCUAUCCUUGAUUACAUACCAUCUCUGUCUUUUUCCUUUCCCUCUUCCUUGCGUUUUUUUGUCUCUUUGCUAGUCAUAUUUUGUACUAUGUACAGACGUGUUCUAUGGUAGCAUGAAUAGAAGUUGCUUCUAAGCAAGGGGGUGGAUGCAAUGCAAGACUUUUAAUUUUUACUUAUCUAUUUCUUUUAUUAACAUUAUUUGACGAUGCUGGUACUUGGGGGGAUUGAUCAUCCUCUA